AUGACGCAUCGGAGGUUUAUGUUCCACGGGACGGGCGCAUGGGCCAGGCUUAUGGUGACGGUGGCUACCCAGCGGUAUAGUGUCCGUCAAGUGGCGACUGCGGUAAUGGGAUUGGUGGAUACCGAAGACGACUGGGACGGCCCCGCCUAUUGCUUGGCACAUUUUUAUCCCAUCGAGUUCAUGGAAGGGUCGCAGCUCAUCAACGAGUUAACUGCCUGGAACGGUCAGGAGGCAUUUGAUUUGUUGUCCCUGCCUAUGCCAAAAGAAGGAGAAGAAGAAUCCAACAAACAACAGCGGGGUCGUGGGAUUGUUGAGUCUUGUCUGUCUCGCAGCUUUGGAUUCAAGCUUGCUCACGGCCUCAUCCUGCGUGUCAACAAGGUCACUUUCGGCUCGCUGUGGCAGGACAACCCGGGGUCUGACAUUGUGCCCGGCACAUAUGCCAAUUGGCUUCGCCAUGGUAUUGCCAACUGGAAUCAAAAUAAUGUACCUGGUCGAGUGACGCUCCCGUUGCUACCUCCCACCAAAGUUGGGAGGUUACUUGCAUGA